GCUCGGCCGGGCCCGCGGCUCCCGCAAGGCCCUGAGGGGGGGGGGGGCUCGGAACGGGAUCCGGAGGGGACCCGUGGUCUGGACUCAGCCUUCCCCUGAGGCCCCCGAGCAGCGCUGGAGCCGCCCAUGCCCACAGCUCAGCCCUGAGGAUGAGGGGUCACAUCCUGCCCGUGCUCUGCAUGGGCCUGGCUGCGACCCUGCUGCUGCCCAUGGCCGGGGCCCGGCGGAGCCAGGACCUGCACUGCGGAGCUUGCCGGGCGCUGGUGGAUGAGCUGGAGUGGGAGAUUGCUCAGGUGGAUCCCAGGAAAACCAUCCAGAUGGGCUCGUUCCGGAUCAACCCUGACGGCAGCCAGUCCGUGGUGGAGGUUCCCUAUGCCCGUUCUGAGGCUCAUCUGACGGAGCUGCUGGAGCGCGUGUGUGAGAAGAUGCAGGAGUAUGGGGAGCGCCUGGACCCCAGCACCCAGCGCAAGAGCUACGUGCGGGUGCUGUCCCGCGACGGGACCAAGCUGGAGCUCUCGGGGGUCACCAUCGAUGGGGACGUGACUUCCAGCCUCAAGUUCGCGUGCGAGAGCAUCGCGGAGGAGUACGAGGAUGAGCUCAUUGAGUUCCUCUCACACGAGGCCGACAACGUCAAGGACCGGCUGUGCAGCAAGCGCACGGACCUGUGUGACCACGCGCUGCACAUCCCGCACGAUGAACUGUGACCUCCACGGACCCUCUUGCUGCACCGGAUGCACCGGGACCCUCGGCGGCACCGGAGCCGCCACAGCCGCAGCCCCACCGGGGCUCUUGGCCUGUUCAUUGUGCCCAUGCGGAGCGGGGGGCACCGGGGCCCUGGCCCUGCUCCAACCGGGACAUUCCAGGCACGGACCUGCUGCCGGUGCCGGGGGGGGGGCACCGGGACCCCCCCUUGUGCUGCAGGCAAUAAAGGGGCCGCACGGUGCCCGUGCCGUGGGCCCAGUGAGGGCA